GCUGCAUUCUGCUGUCCACACUUUUCCUAUCGUCUCAGAGUUCUCUUGUGUAUUAUGGAUUCGACCGCUGCUAUCAUAACGCUGCUGGCCGCAGUCUCGCUGUUAGUCCAUUACAGCACAGCGGAGUUUGGUGACCACGCCGUUGCAUCUGGACGCAAAACAUUCAACGCUGAACUUGGGAAUAUGAAGUCCGGGGUUGCCUCCGACAAGAACCCAAGGGAAAACCGUUCCUCUGAAACCGACCUCCUACAGACAUUGUGGUGUGACGACCCAUUAAUGACUAUUGGCUGUCGCGAGUGUGAGAAAUCAUGCGUCAACCCCAACCCGCCGGCGUUAUGCGCGUAUAAUUGCCACUCCACCUGCAUCUGCAAAACGGGUCUGUAUCGUACUUUCCUUCCCUCGCCAACAUGCGCGCCGCCAAAUGGACCCCUACUCAACAACUGUAAAGUAGCGUCAAGAAAAGUUAAAGGUUAAACACCAGAUGGCCACGGCUACGAUACGUGUUGGGAUUAAGUGAAGUACGCUGACGAUUGUUUAAUUUUCCUGAUGGUGUUUAAU